CGGGCAGUCCGGGGUGAGAGAUUAUAAGAAGAGUGUCUGGAGCGCUAAGGUGGCCUGGAAUCGUGACGCCGGUCAGCAGGUAUCGAAGAGGACUGGCUAACGUGAUAUACGGGCGAGAGGCAACCGUGGGUCGCGAAGAGGAGACGGCCGCUGGCGGGGACGGCGAGCGGCUGAGCCGUGGAUGGAGGACUGGUCGGGGCGUCUGCUGGAAUACGGUGGCCGCUUGGGUUCACGCAACAGGGCGAGUUCACGAUGAGGCCGAGGGCGGGCUGGCUGAGGGCAGACGACGUAACUGUUGAGCAGCGGAGAGCAAAGCAGGUGGGGCGAGUUGGCGGGGAGCCAGUGACAAAACCAGUGACCAAAACUCCCAUGGGGCAGCAACCCAAAACACUGCGAGCACCCAGACAGUCACAGCACGACGCCGCCAGCUUGCUGUCUGCGGCUGACCGGUUGACUCCUACUAUCUCCUGUCUCGCGGGCCGUCUGGCGGUACGUCACGAUGCUCUGUCAUGCUUCUCCAUUACUGGCGGUGGCGGGCGCAGGAAUGAAUGCGUGCAGUUCCGAUACACCAUCUUGCUUGUGCAACCCCUUUCACCGCGCGGUGGCUAUCAUAGUUUCUUUCCAUGCUUGUACGGAUCGGGAAGUGCCAAUACGAUCGAGUGGCUGGGUAAAACGUUUCGAACCCCAGCUGCAGCCAUCGUCAAGCAUCGACUCGCAUUCACUAUUUGCGCCUGAUACUCGAUGGGUCCACUCUCUCACCGUCGUUCAAGGGUCUCAUUGUACUGUCCAAGUGGCAAACUGCGGUAGCCAUCGAGAUGUGCUCAUUCUGUGAUACGACAUAUGCCCAAAGGCCCACGCAUGCCUCUGC